GCGUCGAGGGGGUUUCGCAUCAGUCGGACUGAAGGAAAGUCAAAACGCGGAUACUGAGAGCGUCCUGUCUGCCUUAUCGAUUAGUUCAUUGAUUUCUCUUUUGUUUCCUCUACCAUCUGAUUUGAAAUCAAUGCUUUAAUGAGCGCGCUUUAGUCAUUGGACGAAGUUUCCUUCUCGCUGAUCAGACACAAUGUGACCAUGUAGAGUAAGCGACUGUUUUAUCCUUGAACGGAUUUCGGAGAACCUUUAUUGAUCCUGGAAAAGAGGGAUUUUAAGGAUGGGCAAACUUUGGUCAAAACAUGCGUCUAGGCGCAGAGAAAACCCCGAAGGAGACAGUUUUGUUGUGAAUGCCUUCCUCCGGAGAGGGAUGGAGGAAUGUGAGACGUACAGCGCAACAGACCACAAACUGAAAAACAUGCUGGACUUUCCAAAUACUGAACUGAAGGACGGACAAUUCACAGACCAACACUGUACCCUAGCAGGGGUUAUUCCCCAGGAGAAGGCUGAGGGCUGUGAAAGCUACCUGCAGUACCUGCACUCAGAGUAUGGAGAGAAGGAACCUCUGAGAGAUGCCACCAAAACCUCAGCAAAGAAACACAUCAGCGUCAAUGAUGUGGAGUGUGAUGUUUCUGUGGAAGAUGACAACCGUCAGGAGUGGAUCUUCACUCUUUAUGACUUCGACAACAGUGGGAAAGUCACCAAAGAAGACAUGUCGAGUUUGAUGCAUACCAUCUAUGAUGUGGUGGACGCUUCCGUGAAUCACUCCUGUCACAACAAGAGCAAGACUCUGCGCGUGAAGCUGACCGUCACUCCAGAGCUGAGGAGCCACAGAAGAGACACAGGACCAGAGCGCCUUCACCACGAUGAGGGCCGUUCGUCUGACAAGCGUCUCUCCUCAUACUUCAGCAAGGGGCAGAGCAAUGAGCCUCCGGCCGCCGAGGGUCAGCAUUACUGCGUGGAUGAGAACACAGAGAGGAGGAAUCACUACCUGGACCUGGCUGGCAUUGAGAACUACACGUCCAGAUUUGAAGGAACCAACACAGUCUUCCCUGCUCAAGAGACUCAUGUUCGUAGCUCCCAAAGCCAGAGUCGCUCUCGCUCCCAUGAGCCUGAAGCCCAAGUUGUUUACCACCGUCGUUCACAGGUCAUCGGUGAAAGCUACAACCCUGCAGAUCCUCGAGCCAAAGGCGUGCAGGUCCUCAAAUCCCCUAAAGGAGCCUACAAGGGAAGUGGAGGGAAUAACGCUGGUGGAAAAUCCAACAAAUGCCAUGGUUACCACCUUCCCAUCCAAACGAUGCUGCAUGGUGGUAACGCUGCUGGUCACGGGGGUCAGGAUGUGUACCACCUGCCACACCAAGCUCAACCCACAGGCCACCACCAACACCCUCUGCAGCAUAGUCACAGCAAACGGCUGAAGGCUAGAGCUCGUGAUUCCCUGUCCCCAACCAAAACCCUUCUGACUCCUCAGUCUCACCACCAACAGCAGCCCGCAAUGCAAUCCGUGCCGAGCAUGGAGCGGGAGCAGGCAUCCGGCCCCACCGGGAACCCAGGGUUUGUGGUUCCUGUGGUGCAACGCCAUGAGCAUCACCAUCACCAUGAACACCAUCACCACCACCACUACCACCACUACCACCAGACAUGACAGCCAUAUAUACAUACUGUAUUUAUGAGUGACUAAAACCAUUACAGGACCAACCACGCUAUUCUGAAGGACUAAUCUAAUGGAAAUGUCUCACACUCCAUCUAGGAUCUUCAAAUCCUCCUGAUAUACAGAAAUAUCCUGAGAAAUGCUGUACGGAGCAGACAAAUUGUCUGAUGGUAAACGUUAUCUGCUUAGCAGGAUGUUGGUGUUUGAUUAAAAAGCUUAUGUGGAACAGUUUUUCAGUAUUUUCUCUAGAUUUUCUACUUGAAACACUCCUUCCACACAUUUAUUAAGGGAUCCAGUAAAGAAGAAUAUCAUAUAACUUCUGUCAUAUCACUAAUUUUCCUCAAUCAGAGUCCUGUAAAGCUACAGUGUAUGUUCGAAUAGUUGUUGUUCUGUGUGAAACGUUACCACGAAUGCAGAUCUCAGGUGUAAAGGUGCUGCUGCUCUCAAGCUUCACACAGAGGCCCCACUUUCAUGGGACAGGUGCUGUGGGCCUGAGUGCUUCCUGUUAGGGUUUAUUUGUGUGUGUGUGUGUGUUUGGGGGGGGGGAAUCACCACUGCCAGUUUUAAUGCAAAAGUAUCUUCCUGUAUGUUUAAAAAAUCUAUAUAUGUAAACACAUUUUACUGUAUAAUAAUUAUACUCUAUAUGCAUAUUUCCUCAUGGAUAUAAUUAUGCACAUAUGUAUUUUGUCUUUUAUAUAUUUUAAUAAACAUUAUAUAUAGUUCA